AUGGGAUGUUUCGAUGCUUUGGAGACGAGAUAUAAUGUAUGGCUCUUGGAUUUACAGGUGCACGCACACCCAGAUAACAGCAAUCAUGUGAUUGAGUCCUAUCAGUUUAAGUUCAGGUACUCAGAGCAGGGACCGGAGAUGGACAUCCUGAGGAAUGAGAAUGUGGAAGCAAAAGUGACCACGAACGACACAAUCCUCCUGAUCAGGAAGCUGUUCCUCCUCAUGCAGAAUCUUGAGGCUCUGCCCGAUGCCGUUUGCCACAGUAUGAAACUCUACUGCAAUGAUGAUGUGACACCCCCUGAAUAUGAGCCGCCAGGAUUUAAGGCAGGUGUAUAUGACAAUCUGUGGCUCGACGGAACUGCAGUGCACUUUAGUGUGGGUUAUGUGCACUCUCGCUUCCACACCAUGACACAGAGUCCUCUAGGGAAGCUACAGGAGGGCGACCAGCUGAGUGAGAAUGAAGGGGUGAAAGUCAGAGCAGCAGAAAAGGUGACCAGAGACUGCUUUGACCACAAUCUGUCAUUUGAGGAUGGUAUGUAUUUGAUCUAA